UGUGACGGAGACUGACUCUGAAACAAAACCAUGACACCGCGCACAACUAAAACUGAAUGAGAACCAUCCCUGUGUGACAACUUCCAGUGACUUGUCCAGUUUCUCUGGUGGGCACAUGGUUCUGGAGCCGGGCCUUCCCCGCUGCCCGUUCUGUGGCAGCGGGACCCCGGGUCCUCUGACUGAACUCAGACAUGGACCCAAGGCUCUGACAGAUGCCGGCACUCCAUGGUGGUGACGCUCCUCACACCAGGGUCUGGAAUACCCUGUCCUGACCUGUGAGCCUCGCCCGCUGGCCCUGCUGGCCUCGACGACGCCGUGGUCUGUGGCAGUUUUCUUUGUUGGGGGAGAAGGGCUCCUCUCUGAGGGGAGAGCGUGAGAGGCUGGCCUUGUCACGGUGCCUGAGCUUCAUGUUCGAGUCUCUUCCCGUAAGCUGGGCUUGGAAUGGCGCGGGCAGCCGUCCCCCGUGCGUCCACGUCACCUGCACUGACUCCUGCAAGUCCAAAGCUGCCCCGAAUGAUCCUGGGCUCCAGCGCCGACUUGAUACACAGACUCACUUCUACCAUUUGGUUCUCUUUUUAGGGAGUUUUGUAAGUUUUGUUUUGUUCCAGAAUGAAAAAGGAACUGUGCUGGACUGCCCGGCCGCCCCCUUCCUCUGUUGGGUAACCGGGAGGUGGGGGCGGCAAGUCCGACUUGUGGAGGACCCAAGGCUCAUGGCCACGGCCGAGCGGGCGCCCCAGCACUGCUCUUGGCCUGUGUGGCAGAGCUGGCCUGUCACCCAUGGCCAGAGUCGCACCCCUGCCACACCGGGCCCUGGGGACCCUGGACCUCAGCUGCCCACAGCUGACAGGGGGCUCACGCUUCACUCAGCGGUGCCGGGAGCCACCAUGGAGCGGGAGGAGGAGCAGCCACCUCGGGAGGCCGACACGGAACCUGUUGUGACAUCGGGAGCUUCGGAGGUGGUGCCCAGGGUGCUUUCUGGAGAACCCCAGAGCCUGUCCGACGUGGAUGCUUUCAACCUGCUUCUGGAGAUGAAGCUGAAGAGGCGGCGAGAACGGCCCAACCUGCCACGCACGGUGACUGAGCUAGUGGCCGAGGACGGGAGCAGGGUAUACGUGGUGGGCACAGCCCACUUCAGCGACGACAGCAAGAGGGACGUUGUGAAGACAAUCCGGGCCGUGCAGCCCGACGUGGUGGUGGUGGAGCUCUGCCAGUACCGCGUGUCCAUGCUGAAGAUGGAUGAGCGUACGCUGCUGCGCGAGGCCAAGGAGAUCAGCCUGGAGAAGCUGCAGCAGGCCGUGAGGCAGAACGGGGUCAUGUCUGGCCUCAUGCAGAUGCUCCUGCUGAAGGUGUCAGCGCACAUCACAGAGCAGCUGGGCAUGGCCCCCGGCGGCGAGUUCAGGGAGGCCUUCAAGGAGGCCAGCAAGGUGCCUUUCUGCAAGUUCCACCUGGGCGACCGGCCCAUCCCCGUCACCUUCAAGAGGGCCAUCGCAGCGCUCUCCUUUUGGCAGAAGGUCAAGCUGGCCUGGGGCUUGUGUUUCCUGUCGGACCCUAUCAGCAAGGACGACGUGGAACGCUGCAAGCAGAAGGACCUGCUGGAGCAGAUGAUGGCGGAGAUGAUCGGCGAGUUCCCCGACCUGCACCGCACCAUUGUCUCGGAGCGCGACGUCUACCUGACCUACAUGCUGCGGCAGGCCGCCCGGCGCCUAGAGCUGCCGCGCUCCUCUGACACCGAGCCCAGGAAGUGCGUCCCCUCCGUGGUGGUGGGCGUCGUGGGUAUGGGCCACGUCCCCGGCAUUGAGAAGAACUGGACCACCGACCUCAAUAUCCAGGAGAUCAUGACAGUGUCCCGGCUGGCCGUGAAGGUUGCCUUCUUGGGCCUGCUGGGUUAUGGCCUCUACUGGAUGGGGCGCCGCACCGCUAGCCUGGUCCUGUCGCUGCCUGCCGCCCAGUACUGCCUGCAGAGGGCGUCCUCCGCCAGGCCACACAAGUAGGAAGGACACGGAGCCAUCACAUCUGAGGGCCACGUGUGGCUGCUCCCGCGUAGCAGCUGAGGGGCGCGGGGCGGCCCCCUUGGGGAUCCAGGCCUGGUCUCGCCUGCCCUCCCCCAACCCACCCAAAUAAAAAAUUAUUUAACUGCUCUGAGCUCAGGCUUCCCAGUCCCCACCAGCCCCAGGGACUAUUCCUGGGGUCCACAGGCAGCAAAAUGUCUGGAGGCGUACGCUGCCCCUCUGGCCCCCAGCGGGGAGGCCCCCAGGAGGUGCAGCAUGGUGGGCCACAGCCAGCCAUCCCCUCCCUCUCUGUGCCUUCCGGCAGGAGCACCCAGCCACAGCCGCUCACGGCGUGGGAGGGCCGGAGCGCCCCGUGGCCAAGCUUGGGGCCCCGGAUGUGUGCCAGCACCGCUCUGCCUGCAGAGAUUGUGUUUUUGGCUUUUAAAAAUAUUUGAAAUUUUUUACUCAGGUAAUUUUAACUUUAGCAAACUGAAGCAAAUGUCAGGAAAUACUAGCCUUAAAUCUGGUUGGAUGUCUUUUCCUGGGGGUCACGGUCCCAAGAAGGUGAGCAUGUGGGCAGGUUUAGCCUUGGCAGUGGGACCCCCUCCAGCUGCUCCCUCAGUCUGCCUCCAGCCAGUGGGGGGUCAAACCUGCUUCCUGUGCGUCUGCGGGGGAGACCCGGGGCUCUCCUUGACCCUCGGUGGACAGAGGGUGUGUGUCUGCCAAGGCCUGCCAGUUUGCACGUGUGCCAGCAGGCGCCUACCACCCUCCCGCGUGCCCACUUUGGGGUGGUACAGACAGGCGCCCAAAGUCGGGCCGGCCCCACACAGCACUUCCGCCUCAGUCAGUGCCCUGUGCACAGUCAGCUGACCUGGUCGUCUGUUUACGACGUGUCCGUGCAGCCCGUCUGGGCCACAUUUGCUUGUCUGUGUUGACUCGGUGUCUGAUCAAAUCAGGUGAAACCCAUGGCCGUGAGCUGGGCCGCGGAGCCUCGGGCUGGACUGUGUCCUUCCUGUCAUUCAUGUACGUGUUCCUUAGAAACUGAAAUAAAAGCUAAUUUUGGAAA